AAGGGAAGGCUACCAAGCCUCGGUAGUGCUUGAACAAGAAAACUUUCGAGAAGAAGGGGUCUUUAGUAAAUGAAAUCAGUGUACUAAGAUAAUCUAAGGAUGAAAUUAUAUGCCCUAAGUGUCUUACGAAAAGAUGCGAAGUCAAAGACGUUAGUGUCCGCCUUUGAUCUUCAAUCAUUUGGGUAUUUUCAAAGAUCAAGUGUAAAAGAAUUUAUGCAGUUUACCAGUCAAAUACUUGUGGAGAGAACAAGAACAAAUGAAAGAGCCUCAGUGAAAGAACAAGAAUAUGUGUGCCAUGUGUUUGUUAGGUCAGAUUCUCUUGGAGGAGUUCUUGUCUCAGAUCUUGAGUAUCCACAAAGAGUUGUUUUUACACUUUUAAAUAAAGUUCUAGAGGAUUUCUCCCAGAAAUUUUCACCUUCAGUUUGGAAAACAGCAGAGCCAAAUUCAAUAACUUGGCCAGAAUGUGAGAAAUAUUUGCAAGAUUAUCAGAAUCCAAGAGAAGCUGAUGCAAUGACAAAAGUACAAGCAGAACUAGAUGAAACAAAAAUAGUCUUACAUAACACAAUUGAAGCCGUGCUACAAAGAGGAGAGAAACUUGAUGAUCUUGUAGAGAAGUCUGAAGGAUUAACCCUGCAAUCAAAAGCCUUUUACAAAACUGCAAGGAAAACAAAUUCAUGUUGCUGUAUACAAUGAAUUAUUUCAUGGAAUCAUCACAGAAGACUGUUAUUUUUGUACAUAAUUAUAGUGUUUUUGUUCUGAGAUUUACAAAAUACAAAUAAAUAUAGAGCUGGUUAUCCACAAAGGCCACUUUCAUUUUAAACUGACUUGGAUCCAGGGCUCAUGAGCAAAAACAAAUUUAACAACAACAAAUCACUUAUUUAUCCUUCAGUCUCAAUGUGAUUUCUUGUGUUAUUCUUCCAAGCCUUGGAGCUAAGUUAAAUAUUUGGCUUUUUAGAAAUGGCCUACAGAGCACUUUCACAGCUGCCCCAAAGGAUUUGUUCCCCAAAGACAAAUUUCAUCAAUCCAGGGGAAACCAACCUGGACAAUGUAAUGUCAUGUAAACCAAACUCUGUUAAAAAUCAACUUUUUUGAGAGAAGUGUUGAAUGUAAUAUUCUACCCGUGUUCUUUACUAUUUGGUGUUUCUACCAUUUGUUGAUCCUAAUUUUGCAUGCUGUGAAAACCACCGAUCUGCUAUACUUUAUAAUCAAUGUAAAUGUAUUACAUAAAUUAUGCAAUUUAGAUGAAUUAUGGAUAGAUAUUUGAAGGAAUACAACCAUAAUACUCAUAGGAAAGAGCGGCAAUUAAACUAGAUCAACUGUUGAA